CAACCGACAACAAACAAACCGUGUUCUGACGUGAUACCGAUACGUAGGUGGCUGUUGUAUUUUUCUAAAAAUUUUACGAUUCAUAAAUUUUUUAAUUUUAAUUUAUCGACACUUUACUUUCAAACGCAGUGGCUUUGAUUUAUAAUCUAUUCACUGUAAUUAUUCAACAUGUUUGAAAUGAAACAAUUAGCCACGACAUUAAUGCAGUAUAAAUCGUUCAAAGAACGGCAAGAAUGUCUGAGUGAAUCACUUGAUCAUCUGUCAUUUGAGUAUCCUGAUAUAUACACAAUAUUGUAUAGAGAGAUAAAAAGAAGAGAACUGGAAUCUAAUGAUCCAAAUAAAAUUACUAAAUGGUUAAGAAAUCCGACACAAACAUCGUAUAUUAAGCUCCAUCAAUCAUUGAUGAUGGUGAAGAAUAACAAUAUGAUGGCCAAAGAGGAGUUAAUGUAUAAUUUAAAGAGUAUGCUUAACCAAACGAUUGAAAAUGGCGAUAAUUUUGAGGUAGCAGUGAAAAUAUGUCAUUUAAUUGGAAAAUCAGCAAACUUGAAAAUAUUUCAAGAGAAUUUGAAACAUCUUAUAAGCAAAGUAAAUAAAUUGAAAAACGCUCAGUACUACAUAAAAAAAGAAACUUCGACAGAAAAUAUUUGGAAAAAUAAUUACAAAAAUCCUCAAAUAGACCCUUUUCAGCGAUUCAGUUUCCAAUCAGCUCAACAACAUAGCCAUGUUUGGAAAAAUGUGCUGCAACCAACUAACAUUAAGUCUGCUCAUGUUCAACCAUACUUUAGCAUGGAGUGUUACGGAUAUGACCACCUGGAAAUGAUAGCAAACGUUAACAGUGUUACUGCCUUGAGUAAUCCACCAACACUCAUUAACUUGACAAUUAUUAAUCAAGAAAUGGAUGGAGCAGUGGCUAAGUGGCUUCACUACUUGAAACUACAUAAAUACCAAUGGUUUUUCAAUUGCCUCAGUUAUUUUGAAAUUGUAUCCAUCGACGAGGACAACAUUGAUAGUUUCAUAGUUAAAGUAAACACAAAUUUCAUUACAAAAGGUGCACAAAAAAAGAUCUGCAUAUCAACAAAAGCGUUAAGAGAUCGGUCACAUAAGUUGAAUGACUUAUUAUUGACAUUGGAUUUGGAAGUUACUCCAAAUGAAUUGUGUGAAAUCAUGACAUACAUGCGAGAUAUAUUACAUUAUCCGAUACCGAACAAGAACUGUGUUAUUGAUGACCAAUUACAACAAGACAUAGUCCUUGUUAUGAAGAAGUUGUUAAAUCAACUGCUGGAAAAACUUAGUAUGACUCAUUAUUUGGUCGCUCAGAGUCUAGUUGGAACGUCCAUCAACAAAUACUUAGAAAGUGCAUUGUUAAUUAUUGGUAAUCAAACAUUCACAAAACAGCAAAUUGAAACAACACUGAUGUUUGCUGAAACUUUAAAAUAUAGUGUACACAGAAUUCCUAGAAAUUUUAACUAAUAUUUAGGGUAGGUAUUAUUUAAAAAAAUGUUCAUAUCUUUAUUAUUUUUUUUUUUAUUGGAUAUUUUUACUGAACUGUUCAGUAAUAAGAUUAUUAUUGAAGUGACUGAUACCUGUUUUUUUUUUGUAUUAAAGUGUUAAUUAAUUUUAAACAAUUUUAACUUUUUAUAUUUUUAAAUGUUUAUAUAUUUUAUUAAACUAUUAAUAUUUGUAAUAACUGUUGACUUAAUAGUUAAGUGCAUGAAACACAAAUAUUUUG